GCCGUCAAACCAGUCGAACGAUGGCAGCUGCAGACGUAUCAUUUAAUCCGGUAGACAUUCUGGAUGAGCAGUUUGCACAGUAUCUGCAGCUAGCGAAGCAGCUUCUACCGAAACUUAGAACCCCUAAAGAUCGUCAAAUAUGUUCCAAGUACAUUUCCCGAUGUUGCCAGCUCGGAAACACCACCCACUCGGCCAAGAGCUAUCGGAACGAGUUCUUCCGGUACUUUCUCAAGGUACUGGAUGCCACCAUUCAGAAUCAAAGGCACUACGUUCAGAUGGAUGAUGAGCCCGAGCAGCCGGGUGCAGGCGAGCUGAAGGAUGUUUAUCGUUGGUCCGACGACCGGAGAACGUACGUUGCGACGAAAAUCAUCCCCAAUUAUGCCACACUUGUCUACAUGGCCGUUUGCGAUGAUCCCGAGCAGGGAUGGGAUAAUGGCGGUUUUGGGACGUAUGAGUUUUAGGUGUGGUGCGGGGUGUCAUUUUUGAAGUGAGGACACCAUCAUCAGAAUGAAGCUUUAAUUUAUUGAAGUUACAUGAUAAAUUCACAAUUGUAAAUUUUGUCAAUAAAUAUGUAUUUUUGGGUUAAAAACUA